AGUCUCAGGCAGCCGAGAGCCCUGAUUGGCUACUGAAGCGAACCCCGUUUCCUUCACACGGCCGGCAGGGCGCAGGCGCGAGGUUAUCACAUGAUCGCUCUCUCGCCUCGUCCAUCAUGGCGGCGCCCAGAGCUUCCACUCGCCUCCUGCAGAAUAAAGGCCUGAAGAGGAUCUUCUCUGGGAUUCAACCCACUGGGGUCCCUCAUUUGGGGAAUUACCUUGGCGCUCUCACAAGCUGGGUGAAGCUACAGGAAGAAUGCAGCUCUGUGCUAUACAGCAUCGUGGACCUCCAUUCCCUCACAGUUCCAAGAGACCCAGCCGCCCUUCGUGCCAGCAUCCUAAAUGUCACAGCAGUUCUCCUGGCCUGUGGCAUCAAUCCACAGAAGUGCAUCCUUUUCCAGCAAUCUCAGGUGCCUGAGCAUGCAGAGCUUGGUUGGAUUCUGGGAUGCUUCACAAACAUAUCGCGUCUGCAGCAUUUUCCACAGUGGAAGGCGAAGAGCGCCAGCCAAAUGAAUGAAGGAACAGCUGGUCUGUUCACGUAUCCUGUCCUCCAGGCAGCGGAUAUCCUCCUGUACAAGUCAACUCACAUCCCUGUUGGAGAAGAUCAAGUCCUCCACUUGGAGCUGACCCAAGAUCUCGCCCGUCGCUUCAACAAGCAAUACGGAGAUUUUUUCCCAGUGCCUAAAACCAUUUUGACUGAGACGAAGAAGGUGAGGUCCCUCCGUGAUCCCACCUCCAAGAUGUCAAAAUCCGACCCUCAGAAGUUGGCCACGGUCAGCGUCACCGACAGCCCUGAGGAGAUCCUGCUGAAAUUCCGCAAGGCCGUCACAGACUUCACGUCUGAGGUGACCUACGACCCGGACCACCGCCCCGGCGUCUCCAACCUGAUCACCAUUCACUCUGCCAUAACGGGGCUCAGCAUAGAGGAAGUGGUGCGCCAGAGCAAGGGUCUGGACACAGCUCAUUACAAGCCCGUGGUGGCAGAGGCGGUCAUUCAGAAACUUGCGCCAAUCAAGAGCGAGUUCGAGAAACUACGAGAAGACGGGGCUUACCUGGAGAAAGUUUUACAGACUGGAGCGGAACAGGCCAAAAGCCUCGCAGCUCCUGUUUAUCAAGAAGUCAGAAGGCUAGUGGGGUUUCAUUGACCACAAGGGAAAGGCAGACGGGACCUUCUAGGGUUUUCCUUUAGUGAACCUUGACCCUUUCUGGGAAGUCCUCUUUGUAAAAGUGGGGAAUAAGAAGCAUCCAUCUGACUGAGUGACCUCUUUUGCACUCAGAUCCUCGCACCUGGCGUUGCCAGGCUGCAAUGUGGAGUAAGUGUGGAAGGGGGGCAGGUGAUGUAGCCACAGCUUCCCUCUCCCUUUACCCCACUGGACCUUCUUCUGGCCCCUCCCCACUCUGUAGGGCAGUCCUGGCUUGCAGCUUAGUGAAGGGGGACGGAGGACAGGCCCAGGGUGGGAAAACCAGGCGGGAGGGACCCCUGGCUUCCAUCGGCUUCAUCUGGACCUUAAAAGGGGACACCUAUGAGCAGCUGUUUGGCAAAGGUACCAGGAACCAGUUCCAAAGACUUUCAUCACCUGCAGUCACAAAACUGUGUCUGUGAAAAGAUUUCAGGUCUUUUCCGCGGGGGAGGGAUUGAUUUAACCUCCGUGCAAAAGCCCUCAAAAUGAUACUUAAAGCUCCACGCUGUGCGACAAUUAGCACGACCCUUUUUUUUCCUGCGGGGAACAAGAGAGAGAGGUGCUGCGUUUCUGUGUUCGUUAGUUAGAACCCAGCAGCAGCGGUGCGGCGCUUUAGAAAUAAAACUGUCCAAUCCCCCCCCC